GUCCUGUUCGUGAGAGCAAAGAGAGGGCCGCAGAGGAUGAGAGGCACUUGGAGGAGGCUUGCCGGGAAGGCUCGGUCGCUGUUCAAGCAAGGGCACGUACACUGAUAUCAGAACAGACUUGCGAAGCUACCUCCAGCAAGACGUUCGAUGCACAGAAGGGAUCAUGCCAAAUUCUGGUUGACGUCAUUUCUCAGUGGCUGAGGCAAGGGCACUGCAACGGUCUUUCUCGAGCGACAAAACCUUUGCGGGCUCUAGCAACUCGGUUGCGGCGGCUGGAAGAGGGUCUUCCUGGGCUCUGCGACUGUGCCAAGUCGUUGGUCUCGGAGCAUCUGGCCAUGGAAGCCGUGGCCGAGCAGCGAGUGCAGCAUCUGUUUCGGCAGCUGUCGGGGAAGGAUGGACAGUGGGACUACGUCUCGCCGGCAGCAGUGUUGCACCAGUUGUGGUUGACCGAUGGGGCUGUUUUUCAGCCUGGCGAGAAUGCUGAUGUCGUCGAGUGCUGUCAUGUGCUGCUGAAUGCUUGUUUUUCGGAGAGUGCAUUCUGGGAACAUGGCGACCGUCGAG